GCAUCCUCCACUGCGUUCCUAAGCCUCAAGCAGGGAGUUGGGUCGGAACUGGUGCCCAAAUGCGAUGUCAGCGGUAUCUGGUAGAGAGGAUUAGCGAGUUGAGCCAUUUUUUCUGAUACCAGCCUCUAAUGUUUUUAAAAGUUUAAUUUUAUUCUCAGAAUCAUCCAUUUUGUAGUUCACUCCCCAGAUAACAGCAGCAGCUGGGUCUCUAGGCCAAGCUGGUUAUAAGUUCCUGAUAAAAAAUGUGAUAUGUAAGUAUUUUGUUCAAUUUUGUGGAUUGUUUGCUUUUUAAUAAUGUCAUCUGGAGCCAGAAGCGUUGUCUUUUCAUAGUCUAACUUACUUUUUAUUGCAGAACUUUUUAGUGUCAUAUUUGGGAAUUUAUUACCUGUUCCAAAAUUGUGAACUUUGCUGUUUUCCUGUAAGGGUUUGUAGAUUUUCUUAUGUGUAAAUAUGUGGUCCUCUUUUGUUUAUGGUGUAAGGAAGGAGUUCACUUUGAUUUAAUCGAGUGUGUAUAUUCAGUAGUCCCAGCUCCAUUUGUUGAAAAUGACUCUCUGUUUCCAGUGUGUUACUAGUCUGUUAAUAUACUGUUUUGUGUAGAUGUGUGUAUAUACUUACUGUGAUAAUAUUAUUUUCUUUUUAAGGAAAAUUUCAAAAAUGUUUCAAAUACCAGUGGAAAAUCUUGACAGCAUUAGAAAGGUGCGAAAGAAGGUCAAAGGCAUUCUCAUGGACAUUGGACUUGAUAGCUGCAAGGAGCUGCUGAAGGACCUUAAAGACUUUGAUCCUGGAGAAAAGUACUUGCAUAACACAUCCUGGGGUGAUGUUUCUCUGUGGGAGCCUUCUGGAAAGAAAGUGAGAUACCGGACGAAGCCGUACUGCUGCAGCCUUUGUAAGUACUCGACAAAGGUGCUGACUUCAUUCAGGAACCAUUUACAUCGCUGCCACGAGGACGAGAUUGACCAGGAGCUGGUGAUUCCUUGCCCCAACUGUGUGUUUGCUUCUCAGCCUAGAGUGGUGGGAAAGCACUUCAGAAUGUUUCAUGCUCCUGUUCGCAAAGUCCAAAACUACACGGUGAAUAUUCUAGGAGAAACAAAAUCGUCGAGGAGUGAUGUGAUAAGUUUUACGUGUUUGAAAUGUAACUUUUCCAACACUUUGUACUACAGCAUGAAGAAGCAUGUACUAGUAGCUCAUUUUCACUACUUAAUUAACUCCUACUUUGGCCUACGAAAUGAGGAAACGGGUGAGCAACCGAAGACUAAUGAUGGUCUCUGUGGGGAGAAGGGGCCGCCGUCUGACAGAUUCUACUGUAAGAAGUGCAGUGCCAGUGCCAGCAGCCAGGAUGCAUUAAUGUACCACAUCCUGACAUCAGACACACACAGGGAUUUGGAGAACAAGCUUAGAUCUGUGAUCUCAGAGCACAUUAAGAGGACUGGACUUAUGAAGCAAAUGCAUAUAGCACCAAAGCCAGCCGCACGCAUGGCCAUCCCACGCAACAACAGUGCUCCCCCUGGUCUCACGGCCCCACCUCCUUGCUUUCGUCUUGCCUUGCCUCAGAACAAUCAAAGCUCAGCUGUGGUGCAGUCGGUGACUGUGGCCCCUGGCACGUCUGGGAACCUCACUCAAACUCCGUCUGCUAUUGCCCAGUCUCGGGUGACUCUGGUCUCUAGUCCUCUGCCCGUGUGCCAGAGCAGCCUCGCUCUACAGCCGUCGGCUCCUCAGCCUGUCUUCCUCUCCCCCGGGGUCCCACUUAAUAAGCCUGGGAAUCCUCCUGUGCUGCCCCUGAGCCAGCCUGUGAGACCUGCAAAGAAGUCAGUGGCCACUGGUGUCCUCCCUGUGAACCAGGCCGUUCGCCCUGGGGUCUUACCCCUCGCCCAGCCUGUGGGGCCUGGAAACAGGCCCCCUGGGCCUGGGGUCCUUCCUGUGAACCCCACUGUCACCCCUGGGGUUCUGCAGGCUGUCUCUCCAGGGGUCAUUUCUGUGAGUCGAGCAGUCCCAUCAGGGGUUCUACCUACGGGCCAGAUGACUCCUGCUGGGGUUAUUCCUGGACAGACAGCAACUUCUGGGGUUCUACCCCCUGGCCAGAUGGUCCAGUCAGGGGUUCUCCCUGUUGGCCAGACAGCCCCAUCUCGGGUUCUGCCCCCUGGCCAGACUGUGCCGUUGAGGGUUCUCCCUCCCGGCCAGGCGGUCUCUUCUGGGCUGCUUUCCCCUAACCAGACGGUUGCCACAGGUGCCGUUCCUGGGAACCAGGGCGUAGGGUCUGGUGUUCUUCAGCUCAGCCAGCCCGUCGUGUCAGGAGUUGUGCCCAUGGGCCAGCCGGUGAGGCCUGGUGUUCUGCAGCUGAGCCACCCAGUGAGCACCAGCAUUGUGCCUGUGAACCAGCCAGUGAGAGCUGCUGCCGCCGCUGCACAGAACACCACCUUUCUCACCUCGGGCUCAAUUCUCCGGCAGCUCAUCCCCACAGGAAAGCAAGUGAAUGGCAUUCCCACCUACACACUGGCCCCACUCUCAGUCACCCUGCCAGUUGCCCCAGGAGGCCUCACAACCGUCACCCCACCACAGAUGCCCAUCCAGCUCCUGCCCUCAGGGGCACCUGCGCAGACAGCCGGCUCUGUGCCCAGCCUGCCCACACCUCCUGUGCUGGUGGGCGCGGCCCAGAGCAUGUUCAUCCAGGCCUCUCCACCCAUGGCAGAUGCAAAUCAGGUGCUCAGACAGGCCAAGCAAUGGAAAACCUGCCCCGUGUGUAACGAGCUCUUUCCAUCCAACGUGUACCAGGUUCACAUGGAGGUGGCUCAUAAGCACAGCGAGUCCAAGGUGGACCAGAAAAGGGAACCCGAGAAGCUGGCAGCGUGUGCCCCGUUCUUAAAGUGGACGAGGGAGAAAGUGGUCCGCUGCCUGUCCUGCAAACGCUUGGUCUCAGAGGGGGAGCUAAUCCGCCACUUGCUGAUGCAUGGCCUGGCAUGCCUGUUCUGCCCUUGCACCUUCCAUGACAUCAAGGGCCUCUCGGAGCACAGUAAGACCGUGCACCUGGGGAAGAAGCGGCUGCCUGUGGAUUACAGCAACAGGGGCUUCCAGCUGGAGCUCGAUGCCAAUGGUAGCCUGCUCUUUCCCCACCUGGAUUUCAUCACUGCACUGCCAAAAGAGGAGCUUGGUGAGCAGGAGGUAUACCUGGCUAUCCUUGCUGGGAUACACUCCAAGUCCCUGGUGCCUGUCUACGUGAAAGUGAGGCCCCAGGCUGAGGGCGUGCCUGGAAGCCUCAGCAAGCCGGCCCUGACCUGCCCCUUCUGUUUUGCCACCUUUGGGACAACGGAAGCCUAUGAGCUGCACCUGAAGGAGCGACACCACAUCAUGCCCACAGUGCACACGAUCCUCAAGUCUCCGGCCUUCAAGUGCAUCCACUGCUGUGGGGUCUACACUGGAAACAUGACCCUGGCGGCCAUCGCCAUCCACCUGCUGCGCUGCAGAAGUGCUCCUAAGGACAGCGGCUCCGACCUCCAGAUCCAGCCUGAGCUCGUCAGCAACAGUGAGCUGCUGCUGGUCCGUGGGGAAGUGAUCCAGGACGCCAGCUUUCCCGUGAAGAGAAAGCUGUCUGAUGGUCACUUGGGGUCGGAAGGCCAGAGAGCUGGGGAGGAGCAGCCUCCCCUUUCGAAUGCCGAUGCAGCCCCUGGCCCCGAAAAGGGAGCAAGUGCUGUGCCUUGUAAAAGACAGAGGAAUGAGAGCAGGACAGAGGGACAGACGACCAGUGAGGACGUGCUUCAGAUUUUAGCACUGGAUCCCAAGAGAUACGAGGACCGCUCUUACGAGAAGAAAAAGCAGUUUCUCAGAGAUUAUUUUCACAAAAGACCAUAUCCUAGUAAAAAGGAAAUAGAAUUGCUAUCUUCACUCCUAUGGGUGUGGAAAAUUGACGUGGCUUCAUUUUUUGGAAAACGUAGAUACAUUUGCAUGAAAGCAAUAAAAAAUCACAAACCCUCUGUACUUUUAGGGUUUGAUAUGUCUGAACUUAAAAAUGUUAAACAUAGACUGAACUUUGAGUAUGAACCGGAAAGCUUAUGAAAAAGAGUGAAAGUGCUAGGUAAUAGAUUUGCUAUUGAGAUUUAAGAUAGGUUGUUUCUUCACUGUGUUGAAUUAAUCAAUUUCAGUGGUUGUUAUGCUGCUCUUUAGAUUUAUUUCAGGUGCUGAGAAAGACUAGUUUUUUCAGAUAGAGUUUCCUACAGUUUGAUUUGUAAAUUAUUUUUUUUCUGUCAUGUAAAUUAAAUUUUUUCAUGCACGCCUUGUUUUCCUAGUAGUGUCAGUGAUUAUACAACUAAAAAACUGAAAUUUUCCAUUUAAGGAAUUUCCAGUUUUUUUUUUCCAGAAACGUGACGUGACUUGCUGCAGGCUGGGCGGCUGGCUCUCCUGUAUCCUGCACAGCAGUGGCAGCUCAGCAGGUGCAGCAGUGUGGGCACAGGCCCUCUGGUGUUGCCCGUGAGGGACAUAACAGCAUCACCUUAGACUGGUUUCUUUGGAAGCCACUUGCUUAUUAGAUUAUAACUUUGAGUUAGCCUUUUUCAGGUUUGUCCUAAUAGCUUUUUUGGAACAAUAAAUCAUAAUUCAUGAAAAUCAAAUGCAUUUGUUAGGGAUAUAUUGACUGUGAGGUCUGGAGUCUAGCUCAUAAAGCAAGUCGUUUUACACGUGAAGUAACUAGGUGCAGAGUACUUCCGGUGUAGGUGUUCCCAUCUCAGUACAGAGUCCUGGCUCCACUCAUGUAAGACAGUGAAUCUUCAGUGCCUUUUGGAUGGAAAUAGUGAACACACACACAUCUCUUCCUAGCCUGGCUGCUCGGAAACUAGUGCAAGGGAAGGGCCGUGCUACUCAGGAAUGAAAUCUUUGCCCCUGAGUGUAAAUGUCAACUGAUAACUGCCUGACACUAAAGGGUUUGUAGGGGACAGGGUGAGCAAAAGCUGUCUGGUUGGUGUCCAGUCAGACAUGGUUUCCCAGGAGUGAGAGUGCUGGGCGCGUGGCUGUCCUGUGCCCCGGGUAGGUGGGUGGGGGUCACUAGUGAAUCUCCAUCGUCUUUCCGUUGUUUGGAUGUUAAAUCUGGUUUGUUCUACACAAUGUCAAAUGCGACAGCAGGAUCAGUCCUGGAGACCAACAGGUUCAGAUGCUGAGCCUUGAGGCUGGUUGAUGGCUGCAGAGGAGGACGUGGUGGCCUCUGUGGACUUUGGUGAAUCCUCUUGCAUGUGUUGCUGUCAUGUGCAUGCGUGAUGCAGCUGUGACACUGCUCUGUGAUUGUGGGUGUUUCUGUUGUAAAUUCAGAAAGAGCUUGUUGACCCUUUUUUUAACCUGUUGUUUUCAGAGUAUCUAUUUUGAAUUAAAAUUUGUUACAUCACUGCAAA